CUACAACGUAUCCAACGUUUCACCGUAAACAGCGUCCCUCGUAUCCAUGGGACGAAUCGCAGUUUACUCACAUGAGUCACAUGACAUAAUUUAAACGCGCCAUUCUACGGAAAGCUAAGAGGCACGGGCUUUCAGAGGAGCUAAACGACACAGUUAACCUGGACAGCGGGACGGUGGAAGCAUGAGGGUCGCAGUGGCAAUAUUUUCAGUUUUUGCAUCGGUAGCUGUCAUCAUCGACGCUACUGUAUACUUCAAGGAACAAUUUCAGGAUGGAGAUGCAUGGAAGAGCCGGUGGCUUGUAUCAAAGCACAAGACUGACUAUGGAGAGUGGCAACUGACUGCUGGGAAGUUUUAUGGCGAUGCUGAGGCCGAUAAAGGCCUCCAGACCAGCCAGGAUGCCCGUUUCUAUGCUAUGUCCAGCCGCUUUAAACCCUUCAGCAACGAGGGCAAGCCCCUGGUGGUCCAGUUCACUGUCAAACACGAGCAGAAGAUCGACUGUGGCGGCGGAUAUGUCAAAAUCUUCCCAGCAGACCUAGACCAGGCAGCUAUGCACGGAGACUCGCAGUACUACAUCAUGUUUGGGCCAGACAUCUGUGGCUACAGCACCAAGAAGGUUCACGUCAUCUUUAACUAUAAAGGCAAGAACCACCUCAUCAAGAAAGAAAUCAAAUGCAAGGAUGACGAGCUGACACACCUGUACACUCUGAUCCUGAACCCGGACCAGACAUACGAGGUGAAGAUCAACAAUGAGAAGGUGGAGUCAGGCACUUUGGAGGAGGACUGGGACAUUCUGCCCGCAAAGACCAUCAAGGACCCUGAGGCCAAGAAGCCAGAGGACUGGGACGACAGGCCCAAGAUUGACGAUCCUACAGACACCAAGCCAGAGGGCUGGGAGAAGCCUGAGAACAUCCCUGACCCUGAUGCUAAGAAGCCUGAUGACUGGGAUGUGGACAUGGAUGGAGAGUGGGAGCCUCCUGUGAUCCCCAACCCGGAGUAUCAGGGAGAGUGGAAUCCAAAGCAGAUUGAAAACCCCGACUACAAAGGUACCUGGGUGCAUCCUGAGAUUGAUAACCCUGAUUACACAGCUGACACCUCCAUCUACAAGUUUGACAACAUUGGAGUGCUGGGUCUGGACCUGUGGCAGGUGAAGUCUGGCACCAUCUUUGACAACUUCCUGAUUGGUGAUGAUGUAAAGGAGGCGGAGGAGUUUGGAAAUGAAACCUGGGGAACUACAAAGGAACCAGAAAAGAAAAUGAAAGAUGCACAGGAGGAGGAGGAGAGGAAAGCUAGAGAAGAGGAGGAGAAGAGCAAGAAGGACACUGCUGACGAUGAGGGAGAUGAUGAUGAUGAUGAGGAGGAUGAGUCAAAGGAGGAGGAAGAGGACAGCCCAACGGAAGAAGGGGAAGAGGAAACUCCCAAGAAGGACAAGGACGAGUUGUAAAUUAAACUGAACAGAAGAUGUUUCUGUCCCGCCCUAUCUUCUCUCCAAUGGACUGACUGCUGUGCAUCAUCACAUUGAGUAAUACCCUAUGGACUUGCCCUUCCUGUGGCAACCUAUUUUUCAGGUGUAGGGGUGGGAAAGGGGCAGGCAAUGUUUGCCUUAGAGGUUCCAUUUUUUUUAAACAUUUUUUUUAAAAUAGGUGUUUAGGGUUGAAUAACUGGGUUUAAGUUUUAUGUUUCUGUGAGUGAUUAAUUUAGGAUAAUUUCCCCCUUUAUUCAGAAUGUGGUCUGUCCUGUCCAUGUGUCCUACAGUUGCUCUAGGUGGUGCUGCCACUGGCUUCCUUGCUUUUAUCAUCAGCUACCAUCAGUUCAUCCCUUCAGUGUCAAAGCAAAGGAUUAUUCCCCACAUUAUUGUCAUCAGUCUUAUCUGAUAUUGUCUAUUUUGGGAAACAAAUUGGGUGCAUAUCAGUUGUAGUUUGUUUGAUUUAUUUUUAUACAGUUGUAUGCUGUACUGUACUAUAAAUUAUUAUAAUCAACAUCCUUUUAAUUUAUUCCCUCGUUACAAUCAUCCUGUUUGUCCACCAUUCAUAACUCUCCCAUGAUCUAUUUUGUACAUGUUGCUGUCUCAGACCUUGCUUUAGUUGUAUGGCAGCCGCAGACAUGACUAUCAGACUAAAGGAUCUAAACUGUGACUCACAAUCUUAAACAUGUCACUGUCCUCACAGAGUACUGUUUAAAUUUCAGUGAAUAAAUUAAGCUUUUUAUUUCAAUAAGUAUUUUCAGGAGACUUACAUUCCAGAAAGGUUAGAUUCUUACUGAUUUUGUGAUAUGGAUGGGUUUGCUGUAACUGUUCUAAUUUGGUGUUGUAGACACAAUGAGGAGAGGUACUCUUGACCGUGUGUUUUAUUUCAGGUCACUGCCUCUUAGGACACUCAGGACAGGGCAAUGGCAGGUCUCUGCCUCUCUGAGGACACUCGGGACAGGGCGGUGGGCCUUUUCUCUAAACCAUGUUCUGGAACAAUCCAUACCCAGAUACAGCAAUACAUGCAAGUUUGUCAGUAACAGUACACAACAUUUUCAGUAGAAAGAAACCACUGAAAUUGUUUGCUUUCUAAUAAUUGUACAAUUCCGUAACUGAUCAUUUUGUAAAUGAAUGUCUCCGUCAGUCAUGUUUUAAAUGCUUGUUGAAAACCCACUAAAUAAUUUACAAAGUCA